AUGUCUGACAUGAAGGCGAAUGUAGAAGCCACCUCCAGUGGCUUCGCAGUAUGCGGCUAUGAGAAGAUUGAGUACGACUUUACGUUCCUUGACGGAGCGUUUCGAAUCGGAAACGCUCAGCUUUCAGAGUGCUAUAGUAGGUGGCGGCGCUGUCUUGCGGUCAUGGACUACAAUAUUUAUUCCCUCUACGGUGAAACGAUUCACAAUUACUUUGAACACUACCAAAUCAAGCUUACUAUACACAAAACCAUGGUUGGGGAGAAGGCCAAAACCAUGGAUACAAUGCUAGGCAUCAUUGAUGCCAUGAACGAUUUCGGCAUUUACCGCAAAGAACCCGUGUUAGUGGUUGGUGGCGGACUGGUGACGGACGUUGCUGGUUUUGCAUGCGCAUCCUACCGACGCAACACGAACUUUAUACGAGUCCCCACCACCGUUAUCGGGUUGAUUGAUGCUUCAGUCUCUAUUAAAGUUGCCGUAAACUACGGCAGGUACAAGAAUCGACUUGGCGCCUAUCACGCUCCCAUACACACCUUUCUCGACUUCACUUUCCUUCGCACACUCCCAAUCGGGCAAAUUCGAAAUGGCUUUGCUGAGCUCAUCAAGAUUUCUUCUUGCGCUGAUAAAAAAACUUUUGAUCUUCUUGAUAAGUACUGCGAGAAGCUUAUUGAAACCGCCUUCGGGAGGCUUGAGAGUUCUCGGGAAAUCAGAACUGCCGCCGACGCGAUAUGCAGGGCAGGCAUCCACGAGAUGCUGAAGCUCGAGACGCCAAAUUUGCAUGAGAUUAUGUUGGACAGGGUCAUCGCCUAUGGUCAUACCUGGUCGCCGUUGCACGAGCUUGUUCCAGAUCCUCCACUGCGACACGGUCAUGCCAUUUCAAUCGACAUGGCUUAUUCGGCCACUCUCAGUCGUGUGCGCGGACUUCUAUUACCCGAAGAUCAUGUGCGCCUGCUCAAUCUAUUUUCACGUGCUGGGCUGUCCAUAGACCAUCAUCAGUUCGACGAAGAGCUUCUAGAUAAAGCCACAACUGCUAUACUCCGGACGCGAGAUGGGAAACUUCGAGCCGCUGUGCCGAUUAGUCCUCUCGGUGAUUGCGUCUUUCUAAAUGAUGUUACUCAUCAAGACUUGUGCGAAGCGUUACAGGUCCACAAAACCUUCGCUGGACAAUUCCCACGCAAGGGAAAAGGGCUAGAAGCUUUUGUUGAUUCCAGCGAUACAGGACACGAUCAGCCUAAUGGGCUUGCUGUUGACACUUCACACGAGGAAAUGAUUUCGAGCUAG